AGUAUUAAAAACAAAAUGACAAAUUUACUGUUGUUGCUUCUCUUCUUUCAUGUUUCAUCUCCAAUGAAACACUCCCUGAAGUUUUUCGUAACUGCAUCUUCUGGAGUCCCAAACUUCCCAGAGUUUGUUGCUCUUGGUAUGCUUGAUGAACUCGUGCUGGGUUACUGCGACAGCAACACAAAGACAGUAGAAAUAAAGACGGACUGGAUGAAAAAACUGAUUGAAGAUGAUCCUCAGCAGUCGGAGUGGUACACGCAACAGUGUUUAGAGAAUUCGCCGAUGUUCUUCAAAAACAGGCUUGACGGUGUGAAGCAGCGCUUCAACCAGAGUGGAGGUAGCCACAUUUUACAGAGGAUGAGUGGCUGUGAGUGGGACGAUGAGACUGGAGAGGUCAAUGGUUUUAAUCAGUACGGUUAUAAUGGAGAAGAUUUCCUAGUAUUGGACCUGAAGACGCUGACAUGGAUCGCUCCAAAACCACAGGCUGUCAUCACCAAGCAGAGAUGGGAUGCUGAGAAAGCUAGACUAAAAUACAAUGAGAAAUACUUCACUCACAUUUUCCCUGAGUUCUUGAAGAAGUAUUUGGCCCUUGGCAAGAGCUCUCUGCUGAGAAAAGACUUCCCCUCAGUGUCUCUCCUCCAGAAGUCUCCCUCCUCUCCAGUCAGCUGCCACGCUACAGGUUUCUACCCUCGCAGAGCCGAGAUGUUCUGGAGGAAAGAUGGAGAGGAGCUUCAUGAGAACGUGGAGCGCGGAGAGAUCCUCCCCAACCACGACGGAUCCUUCCAGAUGAGUGUUGACCUGAACGUUUCAUCAGUCCCAGCUGAAGACUGGAGGAGGUACGACUGUGUGUUUCAGCUCUUUGGUGUGAAGGACGACAUCACCACCAGACUGGACAAAGCAGCGAUCAGGAGCAACGAAGCGUCCACAGAGAAGCUCGUCAUCAUUUACAUCCUUGUUGCUGUGGCGGCUCUCGCUCUCGUCCUCCUCGCUGUGAUUGGAUUCAUGUGCUACAAAAAGAAGAAUGCCAAAUGCCCUCCGUCUCCUGACAGCAGAUCUGAGGCCUCUGAGAAACUGAAUCCAGACUCUCAGUGAUGAACACAGCAGCCUGCACACAGUGAGGUGCUUCAUAUGGGACAUGAACUAUUCACACCUGUUGUUGAACAAAGCCGCCCUAAACUAUGUGCAGAAGACCCGUCUGUGAUCCUUUAUCCGCUGUGACACCUCUGUGACACGUUGUAGCUGCAAAGAACAUCUUUCACAUUUUCUAUAACACGGAGGGAAACUGUUUUGUAUGAAGUGAGAUGCUUUCAGAAGCCUUCACAUCAGCAGGUUCUUGGUUAAAUAUUGCCCUGGAUCAAGGAGCUGUGCCCCCACCUUCUCCUCCGUAAGCUGGGAAUCCUUUGGUUAUUCAUCAUCAUAUCAUAAACUCAUCAUAUUGGGGUUUGUAAUCUAUUAGUAGAUGCUCAUUGAUUAAAUGGUGUUCAAGAACAUUAAAAACAAAUGUCUGUACUUCAUACGCAUGGACGGUAAAUACUUGUUUUACAAAAAGAUGAAACUACUGAAUCAUGGAUAUGUUGAUGCUGUAAAUAUGUAGAUUUGUGGAAAAUAAACUCCAAACAUUUUUGGUAAAUGAGUAAAUGGAUGGAGGGAGUUUUGCAUCUCUGGAGAAUUAUCCUGAUGUGUACGUCAUUCAUUGAAACAUUUUCCAUGUGGUUACGACGACAUCUCUUAAAGCCAGCCCUAUGUACACACAUCCUCCACUAUAAGCAUCAGUACUCCAUGUACUUUACACUCGUGUGAAUAGUUUGUAGAGCAAAUAAUAAUUCAUGACUUUGAGGUUUUCCUGAAUGAAUCAGCAGUUUGUUGUCUUUUAGGUUCAUAAUCUGUCUUUGAUCUGUUUUGAAAGAUAAUGAUGUUUAUUUCUAGCUGAGAGUCUGAAGGGUUGUGGGAUGUUUUAAGCUUCUCAGCGAAGCUCAAAGUCACUUCUGGUUCUUGUGUUGGGUUAAGUGUGAAAGUCAAAUGAAGUUACUCUGCUUUUUCAUUCCUUUUGAUCUUUUGUUUUGCUUUUCAAUAAAGUUUCCAAUAUUCCACA